AUGUCGGAGAGCGACCGUGCCUCGUUCGCCGCUUUUGAUUUGUCGCCAUUUUUCAAAAUUUUCAAAGCGUACACACUGUUCUGCGACGCCGCCGCCGCCUGCCUAUCCCUCACCACGCGCGGCCGCGCGCAUCUCACGAGCCAAACGCCGCGUCGGCAGCACAGCAGCGAGGUCAGCUUCGUAAACUUCGCCGAGGAGGCAAAGCUGGAUCUCGCCAGCCAUGCCACAGCGGCCGCGGGCGAGCGGGGCGUGUGCGCGCCACGCGCCGCCGCUUCGGCCGGAUCGCACGAGCCCCUCCUCCGCGGCUCGCCGCAGGAGAGCGGGAGCUACCCAACGCGGCCAAAGGAUAUCCACCUCGAGAACCUCGAGAGACAGGAGCCCACUAAGCUAAUCGACCCAAUGCGCCGCCGCCAGGGUGACUCGGCGGCCUUCUACAAGCGCUACGCAAGAGGCGACCCACACGGCGAGGAUGAGGCGCGAAAAAGCACAGGCAGGCAAACGGCACACUCGGCGUGUUUGCGGCUACGGCUCUAUGCUCGUGGGACGAUGGCGGCGCUUGCUCACGCCUUGGCAGCCUGGCGGGGCCUGCUGCACCACCAGGACGCUUCGGCCACACAGGCACACGCCCAGCGCGACACGUCCACCAACCGGGACGCGUCCACAGGCGCCAUCGAGAAGGGCGACCUCGUGCAGAGCGUCUACAGCUGGGCGCUCGACCUGGCGGCUUUCGAGUCCGAGGAACUGCUCGCGUCUGCACGGGGAAGCGGCGGCGGCGACGAGAUGGUUUGAUGU